AUGUACUCGCGCAACCCAAAUCCAAAGCUCCAUUCUUCUGUGAUGCCCGCCAUUGUCCACCAGUCGUCUGGAGAUGCUAUACGGGACGAGGAGGAAGAGCAGCAGGCCCCUGCGUUUGGAUCGAGGUUCUUGACAGCGGACAAGGACGUAUGGAGUAAGAAUGCUUGGGAUCAUGUGCCUCCACCUGAAGGACACGACGAUGUCAUUCUCAAAGCUCUCGAGAGGCAGAAACUCGCACCCGUCUCGGAUGCGAAUAAAGAAAAGUACAACACACGCCCUGCAAAAUACUGGGAUCAGUUUUACCGAUGGAACGAGACCAAUUUCUUCAAGGACCGUAAAUGGCUCCACAAUGAAUUUCCCGAACUCGUCCAUGCGUCUUCUCAAAAUGCUCCAGCGACGCGAAUCGUCGAGGUUGGAUGUGGAACUGGCGCGACGUCGUUUCCACUGCUCAGUAUCAACGAAAACCCCCGACUGGAUCUUGUCGCGACGGAUUAUUCGUCCAAGGCUGUCGAGUGCGUCAAGGCGAAUCCACUUUUUACUUCAACCCCCGUCGGAAGCAUCAAAGCUUCUGUAUGGGAUCUCGCGUCGUCGGAUGGAGUACUCCCCGAGGGCGUAGAGGAGAAUAGUGUGGAUAUUGUCGUCAUGAUUUUUGUGCUGAGUGCGUUGCAUCCGAAAGAGUGGAUGAAUGCAGUUGCGAAUGUGUACAAGAUGCUCAAACCGGGUGGAAGGUUGUUGAUGCGCGACUAUGGACGGUAUGAUUUAGCCCAGUUACGGUUCAAAGAGGAUCGACUGCUCGAAGAGCAUUUAUACGUUCGUGGGGAUGGGACUCGUGUCUACUUUUUCACGUUAGACGAGGUGGCUACUCUUUUCACGGGGAAACCUCAUGUACCUCCAGCUGCGGCAUUAUCUACUACAGAAGCCGUCGAAGAGAUGACAGGAAGUUCCGAUUCAGGGCUGCAUUCCCCGAAUCCAGACGAUGCCAACUUUAGUGCGCCUUCGUCGGCCGUCCUCUCUACCCACAGUCCAAAACCCGGCUCGGCAGAAUCGCAUGACCCAGAUGUGCAUCGGUGGAUACCAAAGGAUGCACAGUACCCUGGCUGUCCGCCUCAUCCACUCUUUGACAUUGAGCAGCUCGGCGUGGAUAGACGGUUGAUUGUCAACCGCAAACGUCAGCUCAAAAUGUAUCGUGUGUGGAUACAGGGAAAGUUUGUCAAAGUUACGGUGGUUGUGCUGUCUGAUAAGGACAUUCAUGAUCGCAACGAACAAUUGAGCACGCGCGUUCAACAACUCGAAGACGCUCUCGCACGACUUCAAUCGACAGUCUCUUCUGAGCCACACCCGCUUCUCUCUGACGAAUUAUUGUCUCUCAAGAGCAUUGGACCGGCGGGAGGACACUCUCCCGAGGGUCAAGAGGAUGGAGACGAGGCUGAGGGACUGCUAGAAGAUUUAGGGACCUUACACAUCUCUCACGACGGCGGCAACUUUUAUGGGAGUACGGCACUCAGCGAACUCUUUAUACCAGGACACGAGGACGGCGAAGAACUUGGCACCCCCGAGGUACCUGUAAAUCUUUUGGUGCUAUCCACACAGUUUCCGUUCUAUGGCGUACAAGAUGCCAAUGAUUUUCUCAAAUUGCAAAUCCGGCAACUGCUCCCUCCUCUUGCAGAGUCUUGGAGGAUUGCCGCUCACUAUUUCGAGCGAACGGCUUGGCUUUACAGACCAUUUCCGCAAUCCGAGUUCGUCGAGGAAGUCUUGACGCCGAUUUACAAGGGAAAAGGCUCCCAUCCCGUCUCUGGCGCCCAGCUGUCUGUUCUUUGCAUUGUACUUGCUCUCGGUACACACUCGGAAGGAGAUUCUCUCAUGCACAUUCGUCAAGCAUCCUUCUACCAACAGCUUUCCAAGGCCUCGUUGGCUUUGGACAAUGUGCUUAGCGACCCCCCGCUUGUGGCACUGUGGGCCGUAUUUGGACUAUGCUGCUAUGCCCAAAUAUCCGGACAAAGAAGCGAUCUGUCCGAAUGCAGCAUGUAUCGAGGUGUUUUGCUUAGAAUGGCAUUCGGGAUGGGCCUACAUAGGGACCCGAGCAAUUUCAAGCUGUCCGAGAUGGAAUCUCAGAGGCGACGUAGGACAUGGUGGGAGAUUCAUCUCUUGGAUUCCUGGCUGAACUUUGGCCUUGGCCUACCACCACCCAUGUCGCUCGCCUUUGUGGAUACAAAGUUGCCUGUGUACCCUGAAGACGAUGGGGAUCCACAAGGAUGGCAUCACUCCAAGAUCGACCUUGGCGUCAGGUUUUUGCAACCAUUCCUAGAGAAGGUUAAUGCCAUCAACAAGCCGAAAUACUCAGCUAUACUCGAGUUUGAUAGCUUUAUUCGGACGCAUUUUGUCUACCCGCUGAGUCUGAAGAUCCCAGGAAUCGACGUAGAGUCUUCGCCACAAAGCGCAAACACCCCCGUUUCCACGACCAUGCAAAAACACGCACUAUACAUGGUUAAGGAUAUUAUGCUUGUUUAUCUUCAUCGCGGGUAUUUUGCGCGAGCGAUCCAAGAGCACGGCCAGAAGAUACUAGAGUGCAAGCAUACCCCAAGUGUAGUCGCCGUCUACCGAAGCGCAUGCGCCAUUCUCAGGUGUCUUCAUCAUGCCUACUCGAUUGAGCGACAGGCAACGUCGCGUGUCUACUUCUUUUGGUCUCACGGAGGAACUGCUGCGAUUGCUCUUGCGGCCUUUGUAGUCUCUGCACCUGGCUCACCAUUGGCUAUCCGUGCCUUGUCCGAGCUCGACCAGGCAUGCCAGAUCUUCGAACAAGAGCAGCGUAAUCGUAGAGUCUCCCGUUUGCUGCCUACGUUGCUGCGUCUGCGACAGACUGCCCAUCAUACAUACUUUUUGCACGCAACUGGACAGCUGUCAGAAACUGGCGAACACGCAAAAGAGCUUACGGCAUUAGCUGGCGAGAGCCGACUUGUCUGUAAAGCCGCACAGGUACACAUCCCCGUGGCUAGUUUGCAUAAAGAAGACUGCGUAAGGAUCGAAGAGGGCUGUAUAUUGGCCAUAGGAGACUCCAACGUUCCAUCUCAGCCAAUACCCGCAUCGACGCCGCCUUCUGGGGAAGAACAGCCAGGCCCGCCUUCCGCCACGGCCCAGGUCCCGGUCCAAUUCGAAGGAGCACAUCCGUCCCUCUACGAUUUCCUCCAGCAAUCUCUCUCUGAGGGGUCCCAGAACAAUGCUGCUUACACGGCUGCAGGGGCUUUCAUGCCAGGAGAAUCGACUUCAGCUGGCACUAGAUUCGAUCCCGAGCUGCUGCAAUCUAUCCCAGAGGCAAACGGACCGAUGCCAUCCGGUUCUGAUGCGACCAGUGCCCAGGCCGGCUUCUCGUAUACAGAGUGGGACACUCUCAUGCGAGAUCUUGGAAUUUCAUUGUAG